CCGGAGAAGCGGCGGAGGCAACAAUCGGCUCGUCAUGUCGAUCGAAAUCGAGUCCUCGGAUGUCAUCCGGCUGAUCAUGCAGUACUUGAAGGAGAACAGCUUGCAUCGGGCCUUGGCCACCCUGCAGGAAGAAACCACCGUCUCACUGAACACCGUGGACAGCAUUGAGAGCUUUGUGGCAGACAUUAACAGUGGUCACUGGGAUACGGUCCUGCAGGCGAUACAGUCAUUGAAGCUACCAGACAAAACACUCAUCGAUCUGUAUGAGCAGGUUGUUUUGGAAUUGAUAGAGCUUCGUGAACUGGGUGCUGCCAGAUCCCUCCUGAGACAGACUGAUCCCAUGAUCAUGUUGAAGCAGACCCAACCAGAGCGAUAUAUUCACCUUGAGAAUCUUUUGGCUAGGUCCUACUUCGAUCCACGUGAGGCAUACCCAGAUGGGAGCAGCAAGGAGAAACGGAGAGCUGCAAUUGCCCAAGCUUUGGCUGGUGAAGUCAGUGUGGUGCCUCCGUCUCGUCUUAUGGCACUGCUAGGACAGGCCUUGAAAUGGCAGCAGCAUCAGGGGCUGCUUCCUCCAGGUAUGACCAUCGACUUGUUCAGAGGUAAAGCUGCCGUAAAGGACGUUGAAGAGGAAAAGUUCCCCACCCAGCUCAGCAGGCAUAUUAAGUUUGGCCAAAAGUCACAUGUGGAGUGUGCCCGGUUUUCUCCAGAUGGCCAGUAUCUGGUCACUGGCUCUGUAGAUGGAUUCAUUGAAGUAUGGAACUUCACCACUGGGAAAAUCAGGAAGGACCUGAAGUACCAGGCUCAGGAUAACUUUAUGAUGAUGGACGAUGCAGUGCUGUGCAUGUGCUUCAGCCGGGACACCGAAAUGUUAGCCACUGGUGCCCAGGAUGGCAAGAUCAAGGUGUGGAAGAUUCAGAGCGGGCAGUGCCUGCGGCGAUUCGAACGAGGGCACAGUAAAGGUGUCACCUGCCUGAGUUUUUCGAAGGACAGCAGUCAGAUUCUUAGUGCCUCUUUCGACCAGACAAUCAGGAUUCACGGCUUGAAAUCUGGGAAGACCCUCAAGGAGUUCCGCGGCCAUUCUUCGUUUGUCAACGAAGCGACUUUUACCCAGGAUGGACAUUACAUUAUCAGCGCGUCUUCUGACGGCACUGUCAAGGUUUGGAACAUGAAGACGACGGAGUGUUGCAACACCUUCAAAUCGCUCGGCAGUACGGCGGGGACGGACAUCACAGUGAACAGCGUGGUCCUGCUGCCGAAAAACCCAGAGCACUUUGUGGUUUGCAACAGGUCGAACACCGUGGUCAUUAUGAACAUGCAGGGACAGAUUGUGAGGAGCUUCAGCUCUGGUAAGAGAGAAGGUGGUGACUUUGUCUGCUGUGCCCUUUCUCCCCGCGGCGAGUGGAUCUACUGCGUGGGGGAGGACUUUGUGCUGUAUUGUUUUAGCACGGUGACCGGCAAGCUGGAGAGAACUCUGACUGUUCACGAAAAGGAUGUAAUCGGUAUCGCCCACCAUCCCCACCAGAACCUGAUUGCGACCUAUAGUGAAGAUGGGUUGCUGAAGCUCUGGAAACCAUAGGACUGAUUUUUUUCAUUCCCUUCAGUAGUAC